AUGGGCCGUAAAAUACAUGUCGAAAGACCGAAGAAGGGCCCUGGACGGAAAGCUCGCAAACAAGCAGAACCAGUGUUCCAGUUUGCCAAGGAUGAAGAUGAUGAUUCAAACAAGAAGCUGUCACGCCAUCAAAAACAACGACUAAAGAAGCGUGAGACUACAAAACAAACGCAGAAAGAAGCGCGGAAGGUAAAGAAGGCGGUCCAAAACGUCACCAAAGCUGCCGGUCCCAAUACGUUCGAUCCGGCCGAAAUAUUUAACGUGGAAAAAAGUCGUCAGAAGUAUCAACAGCUCGGACAAAAGAGCAAAGCACUGCCGGUCGCAUCCAAUGGUCAUCAGAAUGGAGGUCAGAAGGGCCGCAAUUUGUUCGAUAGUGACAAUGAAAUGGAUGAAGAUCAGCAACAGGUACCGGCGGCAGCUAAAAGUAAAGUAUUGGUGAAGAAAAGCCAGAUGAAGAAGUUCCUUCAACAGGGUGAUUCUGAGGAGGAAAGUGAUUCGGAUGAGGAGGACGUGGACAGUGAUGUGGGAGAGGAAGAGGAGGAGGACGAAGAGGCGGACAGCGUCGAUGCCGAAGAAGAUGAAGAUGUCGAUGAGGAAGUGGAGGACGAAGAGGAAGUGGAUGAUGAAAUGGAAGAUGACGAUGAGGAUGAUGAAGAUGACGAGGACGAUGAUGAGGAUGACGAUGACGAAGAAGACGAAGAGAUCGAUGGAGACAUGCUGCCGAUAGAAGCUGCGAACAAGAAGCUGAAAAAACGGAUGGCACGGGAACAGAAGGAAGCGGACGAGGAGAUGGCCGAAGCCGCCAUCAAUCGGGAACGUUUUGUGUUUCCGACCGAGGAAGAGCUUGCUCAGACCACCAACCUGCAGGACGUGAACAUUCGCAUUAAGGACGUCAUAGGAGUGCUGUCGGAUUUCACUGCGAAUCGUGAUCCGAACCGUUCCCGCUGCGAGUACGUGGAUCUUUUGCGUAAGGAUCUGUGUCUGUACUACUCGUACAACGAGUAUUUCAUGGGUUUGCUGCUGGACUUCUUUUCGCCGAAUGAGCUGCUCGAGUUUCUCGAGGCGUCGGAAAUUCAACGUCCGGUUACGAUACGUACUAACAGCCUUAAGACACGCCGUCGUGAUUUGGCCCAAGCGCUCAUCAAUCGCGGCAUCAAUCUGGAUCCGAUUGGCAAAUGGUCGAAGGAAGGUUUGGUAGUCUACUCGUCACAGGUCCCGCUGGGAGCCACACCGGAGUACCUUGCCGGACACUAUAUGCUGCAGGGUGGUUCCAGCAUGUUGCCCGUGAUGGCUCUAGCACCGGAAGAAAACGAACGCAUACUGGAUAUGUGCGCUGCGCCCGGUGGCAAAAGUUCGCACAUUGCGGCGCUGAUGAAGAACACCGGUGUUAUCUUCGUGAACGAUACGAACAAGGAGCGUUUGCGUGCGGUGUUGGGAAAUUUCCAUCGGCUCGGAAUACAGAACGCGGUCAUCACGUGUAGUGACGGAAUCAAAUACGGCAACAUCAUGAAGGGUUUCGACCGUGUGCUGCUCGAUGCACCCUGCACCGGAUCCGGUGUCAUAUCGAAGGAUCCGAGCGUGAAGGCGACCAAAACAGAAAUCGACGUGCAGCGGUGCUACAACCUGCAGCGACGUUUGCUGCUCACGGCAAUCGACUGCCUUUCAGCGAACUCAUCGACGGGUGGUUAUUUGGUUUAUUCCACAUGUUCCAUUCUGCCACAGGAAAAUGAAUGGGUGAUUGAUUUUGCACUGAAAAGGCGCAACGUGCGCCUUGUACCAACUGGGCUCGAUUUUGGCGUCGAGGGUUUGACCAACUACGGUGCACUGCGGUUUCAUCCGACAAUGAAGCUGACCCGUCGGUUCUAUCCCCACACGCACAAUCUGGACGGGUUCUUUGUGGCAAAAUUGCAAAAGUUCUCCGAUGCCAUUCCGAAGAACGUGGUGGACGAACCGGUAGAAGACGCUGCGGCAGCGGAGCAGCAGGAGGAAGAGGUUAAGCUUCCGAAGAAGCUCAACAAGCGCGACUGGUACUAUCAGGACAUAAUCGAACAGCGUAAAGCGCAGCGUGAAGAUCCGAACCAUGUCGUGAAAGUGUUCCAGAAGCCACCUAACGUGAAAAAGGGACCGAAAAAAGAAAAACCGACUCCAACCAACGGCAAGGAACAAAAGGAACAGCCUGAAACUGAUAAACCGAAACCGCAACCUGCAGCAAACGGCGAAAACAAGCAGAAACCGCUGAAAAAGGCAGGCAACAAGACGGAGGUGCGUGAAGCUGAGGAAGCGUUGCGCUUGAAAAUGAAACUAAAACAAGCGCAACAACAGAAUGGCAAACAAGGUGGACCUGGGCAAAGUAUGAAAAAUGGCGCACAGAAGUCUCAUGGAGUUCAGAAAGGCGCAUUUAAAAAGAAGGUCGGGAAGGUGAGAAAGUAA